GAAAAGGUCUGGAGAAGUGUGUGUGUAUUAUUAGUAGAUGGAUAGAUGCAGCUGUUAGGUGCGGUCUGUGGUAGUUGUAGAAACAUUUUGCUUUCGCUUGCUCUCUCUCUCUCUCUCUCUCAUCUUUGCUCAAAAAUCAAGCAGCGCCUAAGCUAGGCUACAGCUACAGCUACAGCCUCCUCCUGCGGCGGCACUCAUCAUACUAAUAAUAAGAUCGAUCCAGUUGGAGGGUUGGGGUGGAAUCAGCUGCCAAUCCAACCCCCAAAAUUCCAGGCUUCUUAGUAUGGACGCUUAUGACGCUACUCGAAUCGUCCUCUCCCGGAUCCAAACCUUCGACCCUGAAAAUGCCUCCAAGAUCAUGAGCUUCCUCUUGCUCCACGACCAUGGCAAGGACAACGAGAUGAUUCGCCUCGCCUUUGGCCCCGAAUCUCUCCUCCACUCCCUCGUUCUCAAGGCCCGAAAGGAACUAGCUUUGCCCCCCUCUCCCUCACCCUCAUCAACCCUUGCUAAUAAUCUUCCCUCGUUGUCUUCUUGGUCCGCUUCUUCUAAGCCCAUGAACUCGUCGGCCUCGCCUUUCUACGGAAGGCGAGCGGCUGAUCUCGUGGAUGAGCUUCAGCUCCAGGACCAGCUCUCCUACCUCAGCGACGGCCCGAAAAGUCCUGAUUUUUUGUACCCGCAAACCGACUUAGCCAGCUGGGGAGCUGCCACGAACGGCGUCUCUCACCGCCGCAGCUGCUCGGUGAGUGACGUCAGCUUCGGGUCGGAUGACAGUACGGCGGGUGGACUCGGGUGGAAGCCUUGUGUAUACUAUGCAAGGGGCUACUGUAAGAAUGGAAACAGCUGCACGUUUCUCCACGGCGGGUUUUCGGAGUCGGGUGGAGUUUCAGUCGGGUCACCGAGCAAGCUUGAGAUGAUUGAGCCGUGCCAAGAGCAUCUGCUCAGAUCUAGGUCAGCAGCUGCUGCUUCUCAGCUUAUGGCUGCUUCUACGUUCCCCAAAUCCAUGAAUCUCCUUCUCCAGCAGCAACAAAUUGAUUCACAAAGGGCGGCGGCGGCGGCGGCUAUGUUGACUGGCGAGGAUUUGCAGAAAUUCGGGCUAACCCGGUUUGAGAGGAGCAUGCUUUCGAUAAACCCUGGUUCGAGACAGAUCUACUUGACUUUUCCAGCUGACAGCACGUUUAGAGAAGAAGACGUCUCUAAUUAUUUCAGUAAUUAUGGGCCAGUUCAAGAUGUGAGAAUUCCAUAUCAACAGAAGAGGAUGUUUGGUUUUGUGACCUUCGUCUACCCAGAUACUGUGAAACGCAUCCUUGCCAAAGGGAACCCUCAUUUUGUUUGCGAUGCUAGGGUUCUUGUGAAGCCAUACAAGGAAAAGGGCAAGGUCCCUGACAAAUACAGGAAGCAGCAGCUUGAGAGAGCUGACCUAUCGGCGUGUGGCAGCCCUACUGGGUUGGAUUCGAGAGACCCCUAUGAUCUCCAGCUUAGAUUCAGCACGCAGGAAAUGUUGUGGCGAAAGAAACUGGAAGAGCAAGCCGACUUGCGGGAAGCCAUUGAGCUUCAUGGCCGGAGGCUGAUGGGUCUGCGGCUUCUCGACGUCAAGAGGCAUAGCCACCACAGGAUGCUGUCCACCGACGCCGCCAUUGCUUCGCCUACUCAUUCCCCGAAUUUCUUCAAUCAAAGUCUCGCUUUUCAUCCGGACUCUAGCAGUCCAAAAGUUAAUCCAGUUGAUCAACAAAGAGAACUAGCAGCAAUAAUGAGUGAGAAAGAGAAAGAAACAUCAAUAUUAAAUGGUACCAGUGGCAAUGCAAAAGAAAGCGCUGGUCAGCAUGAGCGAAGUGAUUCACAGCCAGAAAGCUGCUUGGAACACAACCUCCCUGAUAGCCCCUUCGCAUCUCCUAAAGCUGCCGGAGACUUCCCGACAGCCUUCUCCAACGGCGAGGCGGAGAAGAAUGCGCUGCUUUUGGCAACAAGUUCUUCUUUACUCCCGACAAGUUCCGCAUUGGACAUGGCUUCUCUCAAAUCAUGUUACUUUCCAGUGCCAAGGUUCGCCCCUGGCCAUGGAGCCGUCGGAAUGUAGGCUGGCCACCACCGCCGGUGGGGCUUUUUAUAGCUUAGCUUUUAUAGGCAAGUGACCACAUUCUUCCAUUAACGAACGAAAGUAUUCAUUUUUUCUGUAACCCCUUCACAUCACAGACUAAACUUGGGUUUACCAUUCAUUUGGAAACUUGCAGGAAGAUUACUGAUAAGAAUAAUAGAACCCAAAUGUGCAGAGAACUCACUCCCUCACUCACUGAGCCCCACAGAAACACACAUAUAUAUAUAUAUAAUCGUCGUCAGCAAUUCUACAUAUACUAAAAAUACAAGACAGGGGUAGCUACUAGCUUUAAGCAUAAUAGGAAAGAAGAAACGGGUCACGGCCACAUGCGAUGAUAUUUUCGCCGUCUUCAUAGCGGAGUGAUAAGUGAACGUGGAAGAAAGUGACAGGAAAAGGAGGCCAUGAAAGGAGAGAGAAGGGUGUUUCCCAUUGGGUGCCACUGUUUGUCUCUCUCUCCUGUUGUGCUUUAACUUGGGUCGGGUUUGGCGGUCACAUGGGGCAUGCUGACACUGAAUGUAGCAGCGUCCUAUCUAUUCUAAUGGGGCCCCAUCCACCCACCAACGCCCAUGUGACUGAGGCCACUGUUGUGUUGUAUAUAUAUAUAGACAUAUAUGUGUGUGUGUACACAUAUAUCUAGAGAGAGAGAGAGAGAGAGGAGAGACAAGAUCUUUUAGAGUAGAUGUGAUACCACUGCACGAUGCUGCCAGGAAUCUUUUGGGCCCUGUGCGUGCUACUCUCCCUCUCUCUUUCUCUUGUUUUUUGUUUUUCUUUAUUUAACCCUUGGCAUGCCACUUCCAGGGGAAUAUGUAAACCCGUGUCCGGUUGUUAAUUACGUACUUUUUCUUUCUUCAUUAAUUUACAGUGUUUACAUUACAUA